CGAUUCUGCUCUUCUUCUUCCCGCUGCAGCCACCCGAAGAAAAAAAAAAGGGGAACCAGCCAUGCUUUUAGAAACCGGUGAAGCUUGAUGGUUCUUGCCUUAUUUUCUUGUUCUAGAACCUGAUUUGGAACCCAGAAAUCUCCCCCCUGCAGGAAGCUUCCGGAUCUGCUCUGUCCUUCCUCCCCUGUCCGCCGGCUGCUCUUGCUUGUGGGGUGUGAUUUGCUCCGGUUUUGGGUAAGAAACAGCCCCUAAUUCCUUUGUUCUUGCUUGAAUUGGCUUGGGUUAACUUUGAGUGCUCUUAUUUCCUUCAAUUUUGGGUAGAUCCGUGAGCUUCCCCCUGUAGAUUCCGCCGGCCUUCCCCAAUCUGCACUCCGAUUUUGCUUGCUGGAUUUAUGGUUCUUGAUCGUUCUGUCAGUUUAGUACGUGAAUUGAGUGCUCGAUUUUAUGCGAGUGAGGAUGUGAAAUCGAGGACGGGGAAACCACGGGAAGUGACGAGUUAGAAAGCUAGCCAUUACGAGAUUAAUAUAGAUUUUUAGAAAUAAAUCAUGAUCUUGUAAGCUAGAGUGUACUUGGAGAUUUAUGAUAUCGGAGAAAUUUUAAAGAUUUGAUCUUCAGUUUUGGUGGAACUUGAGGGAUGAGCAAUUCGUGUAAGCUUGGCACAAGGAAGAAAAUCUUAAGAUGAUAUAGCCAAAGUGUACAAAAUUUGACAAGCACUGAAGGUAAAUGUCAAAGUCAUAGAAGAGAUGGAAGGACAAAGAUAUGUGCAUAGCCUAGAUGUGCAGUCACCAAUCCCUUUCCAUUUUUUGUCUAUAAUUCAUUUACCUUCAACUACUUCGCAUGGAAGGCCUAUAAGGAGACCUAAGAAAAUAUCAGGCCCUAUGGCAAGGACGGGUUGUCUCAAAGGCUAAGGCUGUUGCGUGCAGCCUGUCCUUCUAUGAAAUUCACUCUCAUCUACAUCUAUAGUCAUCUUUUUGUAUAUAUAUAUCAACAUCUCAUUUUGUUGACAUUUUGUUUUUGAUAUGUAUUCCUUGGAAUUUUGUUCACCUAAUUCACCCAUUUGAGGUUAAAGUAUGUUUGCUGCCUCUCUCUGUAAUCUUAGAGGAUUCAUUUAGAUAUUGAUUACAAUAAUGAAAUUCUUGAACUUCU